AUGAAAGAAGUGCAAAUCUUAAAAGGUGCCUGCCGCGAGUUCGAAGCAGAAUGCGUUUGGGGCUACAUCGGCUGGCAGCUGCCGAACAUCUCUCACCUAAGACUGGGCUUUUACACUGCUGAUAUCUUCGCCCCGGAGCCCACUCAGCAGCGCGAUGUUGUUCCCGUGCUGAAGCUGUUGCGAGAAGUUCAGCCCGAUGUGGUCAGUGUGGCGCUCGAUCCGGAAGCAUCUGGCCCCGACACCCACUACAAGGUGCUACAAGCGGUCACAGCCGCACUGCAGCAGUACUCUGAGGAGACAUCUCGCCAAGACAUCACUGUCUGGGGCUAUCGCAAUGUCUGGUUCCGUUUCGAGCCUCACGAGGUCAGCAGCAUCAUCCCGGUCUCACUCCAAACGAUUUCCACCUUGAACCACAUGUUCCUGAACUCCUUCGAGUCGCAGCGGGAUGCCGAGUUCCCGGCCUAUGAGAUCCAGGGGCCGUUCUGCGCCAUGAGCCAGAGGGUUCAGGUGCAGCAGUAUGACAUGAUUGAGACUUGCCUGGGCUACGAGUGGUUCCACAACCACCCAUCCCCCCUGAUCCGCGCGGCGCGAGGCCUCGUGUUUCUACGAGAAAUGACCGUCCAAGAGUUGUUGGCCGAGUCCCGGGCUCUGCGCCAGCAAACGGAGAAUUUGAGCUGA